UGGCCAGUACUGAAAUUAAACAGCAUCCAACACAGGCCUACUCUUACGACAUGUGACUUUACUGUUUUCCGUUUUUGUUGAAAGAGUCACUAACAGAAGUUGAUGGCAGUUUCAAUAACAAGUCGUCUCUGAGAAAAGGAAAACACUGUAAUAUGCAGAAAUCUACAAAUUCUGAUACUUCUGUGGAAACACUGAAUUCCAUCCGCCAAGGCACAGGAGCUGUGCAAAUGAGAAUCAAAAAUGCCAACAGCCACCAUGACAGGCUGAGCCAAAGCAAAUCCAUGAUCCUCACCGAUGUUGGGAAGGUCACUGAACCCGUAUCCCGACACAGAAGAAAUCAUUCACAGCAUGUUUUGAAAGAUGUCAUCCCUCCGUUGGAACAAUUGAUGGUUGAAAAAGAAGGUUAUCUUCAAAAAGCUAAAAUUGCAGAUGGAGGAAAGAAACUAAGGAAAAACUGGUCUACUUCCUGGAUUGUUCUUUCUAGUCGAAAAAUUGAAUUUUACAAAGAACCCAAGCAACAGGCUCUGUCCAGUAUGAAAACUGGGCACAAACCAGAAAGUGUGGAUUUAUGUGGAGCUCAGAUUGAAUGGGCCAAGGAAAAAUCAAGCAGAAAGAAUGUCUUUCAGAUCACAACAUUAUCAGGAAAUGAGUUCCUUCUACAGUCAGAUAUUGACUUCAUCAUAUUGGAUUGGUUCCACGCGAUCAAAAAUGCAAUUGACAGAUUGCCAAAGGAUUCAUCAAGUUGUCCAUCAAGAAACCUGGAAUUAUUCAAAAUUCAAUUAUCCUCCAGUACCGAAUUGCUAAGUCACUAUGAUAGUGAUAUAAAAGAACAGAAACCCGAGCACAGAAAAUCUUUAAUGUUCAGACUGCAUCACAGUGCUUCAGAUACAAGCGACAAAAACCGAGUUAAAAGCAGAUUAAAGAAGUUUAUUACCCGAAGACCGUCCCUGAAAACUCUGCAAGAAAAAGGGCUUAUUAAAGAUCAAAUUUUUGGCUCUCAUCUGCACACAGUGUGUGAACGUGAAAAUUCUACAGUUCCGUGGUUUGUAAAGCAAUGCAUUGAAGCUGUCGAAAAAAGAGGUCUAGAUGUUGAUGGAAUAUAUCGAGUUAGUGGCAAUCUGGCAACAAUACAGAAGUUAAGAUUUAUUGUCAACCAAGGUAAAUAAUUUCUUCACUUUCAGAUAUUUUUUCAACAGUUUUAUUUUCUAACAAUAUUUCAGACUCUGUGACAUAGGUACUAUAAAUAGAUAAUAAUAAGAGCUUUAA